CGUCCAUGGCUUGGCCUCCCCCGGGCAGCAGCAGCUCCGGCUCCCGGGGAGGAGGGGCGGGAGCUGCUGCUCCAUGGGGAGGAAGGGCAGCCCCCGAUCCCCCCAGGCGGAGGGGGGAUCCCGGGCCGCUUCCCCCCCCUCCCCGCUCUGGGCCUUACCCGAGGAGCUGCUGCUCCUCAUCUGCUCCUACCUGGACGCGCAGGCCUUGGGCCGCCUGGCCCAGGUCUGCCGCCGCCUGCGCUUCCUCAGCAGCCGCGAUCUCCUCUGGAGGCGCAUAGCCCGCGGCUGCCUCAACUCCGGCUUCACCCAGCUCGGCACCGACCUAGCUGCUGGCAUUCCAGUGAAGGAGAGGGUGAAGGUGUCUCAGAACUGGAGGUAUGGACGCUGCCGGAGGGAGACRCUCCUGAAAUGGAAAUGCAAUUUGAUGCCCUGGAUGGAGCUGGAUGGCGAGUAUCUCUACCUGUCUCAAGCRGAGAAUAUCCAUGCUUACCACCUGUGUGCAGAGGGGACAGGUUUGCAGCGUCACCCUCAAGCCAUCUUCUCAGGCCACCAGGAGGAUGUGUGUCGCUUUGUUCUUGCCAACUCGCACAUCGUCAGUGGAGGAGGAGAUGGAAGUAUUGUCCUUCACAAGAUCCAUGGCUCCUACAGCGUCAAGUUCUCUGCACAUGAGCAGGAGGUGAACUGCGUGGACUUCCAAGGUGGCCUUAUUGUCAGUGGCUCCCGGGACCGAACAGCAAAGGUUUGGUCCCUGUCCGCGGGCAGAGUGGGUCAGUGUCUACAUACAGURCAGACAGAGGAUCGAGUGUGGUCCAUUGCUAUCAGCCCAUUAUUAAGCUCGUUUGUGACGGGGACAGCCUGCUGUGGACACACCUCACCUCUGAGGAUCUGGGACCUUGAGAGUGGUCAGCUGUUGACCUGUUUAGGGACCGACUUCCACCGUGGAGCUGGAGUCCUGGAUGUAUUCUACGAAACGCCUUCCCUUCUCCUUUCUUGUGGGUAUGACACCUACAUCCGCUACUGGGACAUACGGACCAGCACCAGGAAGUGUGUCCAGGAGUGGGAAGAGCCCCAUGACAGUGCUCUGUACUGCAUAAGGAGCGAUAAGAACCAUAUGAUUGCCAGCGGCUCUUCCUACUAUGGUGUAGUACGCCUCUGGGAUAAGCGGCAGACUCGGUGCCUGCAGAGCUUUCACCUGUCUUCACCCACCAGCAGCCCAGUGUACUGUCUCCGUUUCAGUACCACCCACCUGUAUGCUGCCCUGGCGUCAGCCCUGCACGUCCUGGACUUCACAGCCUYGUGAAGGGCACCACAGCUGCUUCUGGUGACCCCAACUCAGCAGAGCUGACACUUGGCUCAGGGAAUUGCAGGGCAGGAGAGGUGAGAAAGGCCCACAAAGCUUCUGAAGGGACUUUUUUGCCUCCCAGAAAGCUACAACGAAGAGUGCACAAAGGGCCAAACUUUCUCAACCUCACCUGCCUGUUAGUGAAAAAAGCAGGCCAUUUGUCCUUUACCCUUUUUAUUUUGUGCAAGUCAGGGUUUGUUUUAUUAACUGUGUUCCUUUUUUUUUUUUUUUUUUUUUUUUUUUUUUUUUUUUUUUUUUCUUUUUUUUUUCCCUUCUUUUUAUUUUUUUCCUGCGGAUGCAGCAUUUGAGGGGCAAGUUGAGCCAGAAUGCCCCACCAGCUGGGUGCUGGUCAGGUUGAGAUCAGCCAAGCUCUAAGGAUGUGAAGCAAGUCUAUGCUGUAUGUGGGGUGGACUGAUUUGGUGGAAAGGAAAGGUGCCUGGAGCGAGGCCCACCUUUCUCCUUAACUUGCUUUCCUAACAGCUGCUUGUGUUGUCCUUCACAGCCAARAGCAACAAUUGAGCUAAAAGGCAGAGCCAGCCCUGCUUUCAGUGUGCCUCCCCAAGCUGGCUGUCAGGUCAGGCUGUGCACUGGGCAGGGCUGAAAUGGUCGUGUUUUGCUAAAUAAAACUGAAAGGCAACAAAA